GUGGCCACGGGCAGGGAUUAGCAGCAUCCUGGUGCCAGGUGGGAAUCCGGGAUUGGGAAUUUGGGAAUUUUGGGAAUUUUUUGGAAUGUUUUUGGGGAUUCACCAACAUCCUCGUGCCAGGGGCGGGGGAGCCGAAUUUGGACGCUUUGGAGUCGAAUCCGUUCCGCAGCCGCCGGCAGCGCCAGGAGUGGGAAGUGAAAGCGCUGCUGGAAAAGGUUUAUUCCCUCCUGGAUUCCGGGUCCCCCCCGAGGCCGUUCCUGCAGCACCGAACCCCAAAUUCCCUCCAGGGGCUGCGAUUCUGCCCCUUCCAGGACGUCCUGGGCGCCGGCCACGGGCAGGGAUUCACCAGCAUCCUGGUGCCAGGGGCGGGGGAGCCGAAUUUGGACGCUUUGGAGGCGAAUCCGUUCCGCAGCCGCCGGCAGCGCCAGGAGUGGGAAGUGAAAGCGCUGCUGGAAAAGAUCCCGUGGCAGCUGCUGACCCCGGAGCCGUCGCUGCUCUCGCGCGUGGACGAGGCCGGGCUGGAGCAGAAACGGCGCGAGAGGAUCCAGCGCCUGGUAACG